AUGGCAGAGCAUCGCACGAUCUCUGCUGCCAUUGUAGUUGAAUCUGAUGAAGUGUCAUAUGUGCUCAAGGUAGAUGGAUACUCGAGAGCCAAGGCGCUACUCAAGAAUGGCGAGUGCAUGACUUCUACCCAUUUUGGUGUUGGCGGCCACGACUUUGUCGUGAGGUAUUACCCAAACGGUAGCCGUAAGAACUACCCCGAUUUCAUAUCUGUUUAUCUAUUUCUUGAACAUGUUGAUGCCGAAGAUGUGAAGGCGAAAUACACGUUCAGUGUGCUUGACCUGAAUGGAGAACCGGUGCCUUCAUAUAGCCUUUCAUCCAGGGGCUACCAAGACUUUGUCAAGAAAGCUGAUCUAAAGGGAUCGGCACACCUGAGAGACGAUUGUCUCACCAUCAGGUGCGAUGUCACAAUCAUGAAGGAGACCCACAUCGACGGACAAUCAAGGGUUCCUCCGAGCGACCUGCACCGGCAUCUCAGGGACCUCCUGUAUAACAGAGACGCAGCAGACCUAACCUUCCAAGUUGGCGGAAAGAUAUUCUCCGCUCAUAGGUGUGUCCUUGCUGCUCGGUCAUCCGUCUUCAAGGCGGAGCUCCUCGGGGCCAUGCAGGAGAGUUCUGCCGCUAGUCCUAUUGAAAUCUGUGACAUGGAACCUGAUGUGUUCGAAUCUUUGCUCCAUUUCAUAUACACUGACUCAGUUCCAGCAGUGCUUGAUGUGGUGAUGGCCAGCUAUCUGCUCGUAGCAGCUGACAGGUACAACAUUGGCAGGCUAAAGCUGAUAUGCGAGGAGAACUUAUGCAAUCACAUUGAUUCCAGCAUGGUGGCAACCAGUUUGGUUUUAGCCGAACAACAUGGUUUUCAUCAUCUGAAAGAAGCUUGUUUGAAAUUCCUUGCUACCCCCUCCAAUUUGGAGGCGAUGGUGGCAAAGAGUGAUGGGUAUGAGCAUCUGAAAUCCAGCUGCCCGUCUCUUCUCAAGGAGGUGAUAUCUACAAUCCUGCCCGCUGAACUGAAAUGA